AAUAAUCUUAAGCGCCGACAAAAAAAUAUUGUAGGAUUACUGUGUAAACUUUAUCUAAAAUAGCCUUUAAUCUACAGCCAGUCAAUAGUAAGGUACUAGUCACCGAGUGAGCACCUCUUAAUCAGAUAAACGUUAGCCCGGUGUGAUAGGGGGUCAUUAAUGACAAAUUAUUGAAACGUUCGCGGGUGUCCACAUGCCGACAGAGCGUAUUCAACUGCAUAGAAUCCAGUAUUAUUUAUAGUGGCCUAGGGGAUCAGCUGAUGGAGCCGCGUGGCGCGCGACUCGCGAGUUAGAGCGCGGCCGCGCGCGCGCAGACACCGCUACACCGCACAUCCUGCGCACACGCCGCGCCGACACUAUCUGCGUUAUCGUACAAAUAAUACAUACACGUGAACCACCAGCUAACCGGCUCCCGUCGCUUGUUUACGCCGUUUACCCACCACCACAAUUACCAGACACGUCAGACUGAACUGACUGCAAAUAAUAUCAUUAUCUCUCAACUUAAUGUGACUUCGCUUACCUAUUUCAUCUUACCAGUGUUUUAUUGUGAUUCUAGUUAAAAAAAAUACAGACAUAAUCGUCUAUUUGUUACGCAACAAUCAAACGCGUGUGAACCAAGAUACAGUGUAGUGUUCCGUCAAGGAAAUAAUUCAUAGGAUAUAAACAAAUUAUGGCUCCUUUCUAGGAACUUGAGCUGUCGUAAUUUGAACUCUGUGCAGUGGUAGUAAGGUGAAAAUGAGGAGCGACGUGUUAGCACCGAGCGAGUUGGAGGGGACGGACUACCUUCUCUCAUCCACUAUGAGGCUGGAGGACAGCUUUCUGCAAAUACUCGAUUUCUGGUUAGAAAAUGGUCAGGUGAGUGGUCGGGUAUUUAAGACAAGUGUGGAAGAGCCAGAACUUCAGUACGAAUGGAUCGGCUCCACUAGUAAUACCACGGCCUCACAGAAAACCGGCUGUAAACAUACCACAGCGAUUGUGGAUGUCCAAAACCCUAAUCCCCAAAAAGCAGCAGGUUUAGCGGGUGUCAUACAUAUAAUUGGUUACCAUCAGGCGUCGGGGAUCAAGGGACGAUCUCCGGCCACCGUAAGCACGGGUCUGCGGUCGGCGAGUAAGGGCAGCUCGCCGCCCGACCAAAACCAGGCCCGAGCGUAUGGCGCGUAG